AGUGAUUUUGUCAAUUGUUGAUAACAAGAAUUACUUUUUAUCAACUUAUUAUUUAGUAGUUUAGAAUCUUGUUUCGACGUAUAUUGUUCUCAAAAUGAAUUCUCUAAAUAGAGUGUUAACUUUAAGUACAACUAUCCCGAAGAAUACGAGGUUGAUUUCAACAAGUGCACGAUUAGCGAACGCCGACGAUGGAUGGUUUUCGAAGCUGCUGGUGCGGAGGAUAGAGCCGACGAAGGAGUCCCACAGUCGGAUGCUUAGUGACAAGGAGAUAAUUUAUGCACUCCACACACAUAACAUAAGACCCGACUCGAUGGACAAAUACUUGCAAAAUUACAAAACUUCAGUGGAGUUUGUCCAUUCACAAAAAGCGGAACUUGGAUGCGAGUUGGUGGGAUCAUGGACAGUGUCCGUGGGGGACAUGGACCAGGCUUUGCACCUCUGGAGAUAUGUUGGAGGAUUCGAGAAGAUUGACAAAGCAAAGAUCAUGUUCAAAGAAAAUGCUGAUUAUGCUGCACUAGAAAAGGAGCGCGGUAGCUUAGUGAGAUCCCGACACUUGCAAUACUUGCUGGCAUUCAGCUUUUGGCCCAAUGGAGAACCUCGCGCGCCCAGCAACAUUUAUGAGAUUCGUUCCUACAGUCUGAAGCCGGGCACUAUGAUCGAGUGGGGCAACAACUGGGCUCGCGGUCUCACUUACCGUCGCUCACAGAACGAAGCUUUUGCUGGAUACUUCUCGCAAAUUGGACGACUUUACAACGUUCAUCACAUUUGGUGCUACAAAGACCUUCAGGCUCGUCGUGAGACACGUGAGAGCACGUGGCGCAACCCUGGCUGGGACGAGUGCGUGGCCUACACAGUGCCACUCAUCCGCGAGAUGCACUGCCGUAUCCUCGAGCCCACACAGUUCUCCCCCACGCAGUAAACCACUACACUUUGCGAACUGCCUUCGACGACCGCAUUUACAAUCCUCUAGAAACAACUGCCUUUAUCUAAAAAUAUUUUUCUAAAGAAUUCGAGGGUCACUAUCCAAUCGUAAACAAUGCCCUAUUUUAAAACGCUAGAUGUUUUUAAUGAUAAUGUUUAAAAAAUAAUGAAUGCAUAAAUUAUAUUCAUAAGUAUCAGAUUAUGACCAGAUAUGCUUCAUUACGACGUUAUAUUUGUUGUAAGAUUUAAACGAAAAGCUUUGUAGAUGAUGAUUGAAUUUAGUGAAAGUAAUAUGAAAUAUUGAUCAAUUUUAUGUGAAUAGAUGAUAUGUGUAUAUUUAACAUCAAAAACUAAAUAAAAUUAUAUCAUUUUCAACUACAAAUUAAACUUAUAAUGUUGAUAUUGGUAAAAGACAGAUAUCAUCAUCUGUUAUUUAUUGUGUUGAGACUAGUAUGCACUGGUCUGCAAUAGUAGCACAACAUUUUCUAUACUUAUUAUACGUUAAGCUAUGUGUUAUAUUAUCCAGUAACUACAACACUAUACGAGGGAAUCGCGGCACUAGUUACAGUAGUACAGAGACUAGAUUUAUUUUUUCUUAUUUUUGAUAGCAUUUAUGAAAAACGAAACCGUAAUAUUUAUGUUUAAGAUCAAUUUUAAGGCUUAAUUCAAGAUAAUCAUCUGAAAUAAUGUACUUUGGUAUUGUUAUUGUAUAUCCUUGUUUUUGUUUCACAUUUUAUGUUAGUUCAGAAAUAGAUUUUUAGACAGUU